AUGUUUUACCAGCCGGGCAAGGAGGAUCAUGGACUCCCGUAUGAUCCAUUCAAGGCAUGCGUCAUCCCCCGCCCCAUAGGCUGGAUAUCUACCCUCUCCCCCUCGGGCAUCGCAAACCUAGCCCCCUACUCCCAAUUCAAUAACCUCACCUUCGAUCCCCCAUAUAUAAUGUUCAGCGCCAACCAAACGCCCACGCACUCUCAAAAAGACACAGUCCGCAAUGUUGAAGCCACCGGCAAGUUUAUUUGGAACCUAGCGACUUACGAACUGAGAGACGCCGUAAACACGAGUGCAGUUCAAGAAGCCUAUGGCGUUGAUGAGUUUGAGAAAGCGGGGCUGGAGAAAGAAGACAGUAGAUUGAGUGCCGUAAUGAUUGAUGGUGGGGAAAGGGAGAUUAAGAUUCCAAUGGUGAAGCGCAGUCCAGUCAAGUUUGAAUGCGAACACUAUAGCACGCUCCGGCUUCCAGGCAAUCCGCCCAUGGGUUCUGCCGACGUGGUCAUUGGUAGAGUUGUGGGCGUGCAUAUUAAUGAGCGCGUGUUGACAGAUGGCAAGAUUGAUGUCAAGAAGACGGAGCCGAUUGCCAGAUGUGGUUAUUACGAGUAUGCGGUUGUGAGAGACGUAUUUGAGAUGAAAAUUCCGGGUGAGGAUAAGGCACUCAUGGCGGGAUUAGAGGGGAGCUCGAGUAAGAACAAGGAAAUGAGCAGGAAUGGGAUCUUGUAG